AUGGUGUCUGUGUUCCGGAGCGAAGAGAUGUGCCUGUCCCAACUUUUUCUCCAAGUGGAGUCUGCCUAUUGCUGCGUUUCAGAACUUGGCGAGUUGGGCCUGGUUCAGUUCAGAGAUUUGAACGCAAAUGUGAACAGCUUCCAAAGAAAGUUUGUGAAUGAAGUAAGAAGAUGUGAAUCCUUGGAAAGGGUCCUUCGCUUUCUGGAGAGUGAAAUGGGAGAGGAGAUUCCGCUUCUUAAGCCUGGGAAAUAUCCAGAGACUCCACUACCUCGAGAAAUGAUUGACCUAGAGGCAGUUUUGGAGAAACUGGAAGGUGAGCUGCAAGAGGCCAACCAGAACCUGCAGGCCUUGAGGCAGAACUUUCUAGAACUCACUGAACUAAAACAUCUCCUGAAGAAAACUCAGGACUUCUUUGAGACUGAAACUAAUUUGCCUGAUGAUUUCUUCAACGAAGACACCUCAGGACUGUUGGAGUUAAGAAGCACUCCUGCAGCAGUUGCUGCAAAACUGGGAUUCAUAGCUGGUGUGAUAAAACGGGAAAGGUUGGUGCCUUUUGAACGUUUGCUGUGGAGAGCCUGCCGGGGAAACAUCUAUCUGAGGUUCAGUGAAAUGGACACGUUCCUGGAAGAUCCAGUCACUAAAGAAGAGAUGAAAAAGAAUGUGUUCAUUAUCUUCUAUCAAGGGGAGCAGCUCAGACAGAAAAUCAAAAAGAUUUGUGACGGAUUCCGUGCCACGGUGUACCCCUGUCCAGAGUCAGCUGGAGAACGCCGAGACAUAGCUGAUGGCGUGAAAACAAGGAUUGAGGAUCUAAACACAGUGAUCACCCAAACAGAGUCUCACCGCCAAGGGCUGUUGAUGGAAGCGUCUGCAAACCUGUGGAGCUGGGCCAUCAAGGUGAAGAAAAUGAAGGCCAUCUACCACAUCCUGAACUCAUGCAACAUCGAUGUCACCCAGCAGUGCGUCAUUGCCGAGAUCUGGUUCCCCGUGGCAGACGCAGGCAGGAUGAAGAGGGCUCUGAAUAAAGGAAUGGAACGGAGCGGCUCUACAAUCAACCCAAUCCUGACCACUGUACAGACCAAGAUGGCUCCUCCUACCUUCAACAGAACCAAUAAAUUCACCACGGGUUUUCAGACCAUAGUAAACGCAUAUGGUGUGGGUAAUUACAGAGAGAUGAAUCCAGCCCCCUUCACUAUAAUUACCUUCCCCUUCCUGUUUGCGGUGAUGUUUGGUGAUUGUGGUCAUGGGGCGGUUAUGCUGGGCUUUGCUCUUUGGAUGGUCAGCAACGAGAAGUCCAUUUUAGCCCAGAAGAGCAACAGUGAGAUCUGGAACACCUUUUUCGGUGGCCGCUACCUGAUCCUUCUCAUGAGUAUCUUCUCCAUCUACACUGGCUUUAUCUACAAUGAUUGCUUCUCCAAGUCAUUCAACAUAUUUGGGUCUUCCUGGCAUGUCCGCCCCAUGUUCGACAAUGGCAAAUGGACGGUGGACAUGCUUCAUACAAGUCCAUUUUUCCAGCUGGACCCAAACAUAUCAGGAGUGUACUCUGGAAACCCCUACCCUUUUGGAAUUGAUCCGGUCUGGAACAUUGCAAACAACAAGCUGACAUUCUUGAACUCCUACAAAAUGAAGAUGUCCGUCAUCAUGGGGAUCACUCACAUGGUCUUUGGGGUGGUGCUCAGUCUCUUCAACCAUGUUUAUUUCAAGAAAACUGUCAACAUCAUCCUGCAGUUCAUUCCAGAGAUGAUCUUCAUCCUCUCCCUCUUUGGUUACCUCGUUUUCAUGAUUAUUUUCAAAUGGUGCAAGUACGGCGCCGAGGAUGCCCAAAUCGCCCCGAGCAUCCUCAUCCACUUCAUCAACAUGUUUCUGUUCAGUUACAAUGACGCGUCAAAUCCUCCCCUCUACGAGCAUCAGCAAGAAGUGCAAACCUUCCUGGUCAUUUUUGCCUUGAUUUCUAUUCCUUGGAUGCUCCUGAUUAAGCCCUUCAUCCUUCGAGCCGAUCACCAGAAAGCUCAGCGUAUGCUGUUUUCAGCUGGACUGUCGGAGAGUCCUGCUGGUGAUAUUGAGGUAGAGAUCAUGGAGUCUAACCACUCUAAGAAGGGGAAGCUAGAAGACCACAGUGGUGGUGGUCAUGGAGGACAUGAUGACCAUGAGGAAGAGUUCAACUUCGGAGACAUCUUUGUCCACCAGUGUAUUCACACCAUUGAAUAUUGUCUGGGCUGCAUUUCCAACACAGCUUCCUACCUUCGGCUCUGGGCGCUUAGUCUGGCUCAUGCACAGCUUUCAGAGGUCCUCUGGACCAUGGUGAUGAAGAAUGGGCUCAACUUUUCUGGAUGGGCAGGACUCAUCGUGGUCUUUGUCAUUUUUGCUGUCUUUGCUGGUCUGACUAUAGCCAUUCUACUUAUCAUGGAGGGCCUCUCGGCCUUCCUGCAUGCACUAAGGCUUCACUGGGUAGAGUUCCAGAACAAAUUCUACGCUGGGGCAGGUUAUGCAUUUGCACCGUUCUCCUUUAAGACCAUCAUAGAAGGAACAGAAGAAUGA